CGAUGCAUCAGUUGCUGGUCGAGGAUCUGCUUGCCUUUCUUGCUAAUUAUUAUUGAUCACGUGUAGCACUCUCAGCGGCAAUGCACAAUGUACCCUCUGCUGCUACGGACGUCCAUCCGGACGCUUGCACGUCUGGCUCUCUUCUUUAAUACUAUGGCCGGGAGAUUAUGGUUAAAGCGCGCUAAUUCUCGACUUGUCUAUAGCUCUUUCGCCCUUCGUUGUGGUAUACGGACUCAGGCUCAUUAUGGAUCCGAUGUACGAGAAGACUUAGGAGAAACCGCCUCGUUUCCUAGAUCUGCAGCACUGUCGACCCCACGACAGCUUGCUCAGUACCUAGAUGAGUAUGUAGUCGGCCAGGAGAAUGCUAAGAAGGUCUUGUCCGUGGCGGUUUUCAAUCACUACAAUCGAGUGCGCUCGAAUUUGUCCCAGCUACACCCACCGGAACCAGUAACAACAUGGCCUGAUCAAUCGGCCGAAGCUGUAUCGUCUGCUCAAGUCCUCCCGCAUCCAUACCGCUCAUCAACUUCACAUUCUCUUCCAUUAAGGUCAAGAGACUUCCCACCCUUAUUCGAAAAGAGUAACGUACUUAUAAUAGGUCCAACAGGAUCGGGCAAAACUUUGCUUGCAAGAACAUUAGCAAGAGUACUCGAUGUUCCGUUUUCUCAGAGCGAUGCGACCUCCUUCACUCAGGCAGGAUACGUAGGAGAGGACGUGGACAUGUGUAUCCAUCGAUUGCUCAUUUCCGCUGGCUGGGAUGAGCGCCGCGCUGGUACUGGGAUCGUUUACAUCGACGAGAUUGACAAGAUUGCUCGUAGAGCAGGAGGUAUAGAUGGUCAACGUGAUGUUGGGGGAGAGGGUGUCCAACAAGCUCUUUUAAGAGUGAUGGAAGGAACAAAUGUAACGAUACAUGCAAAGCCGCCUGCUUCGGGCUCGGAUCUAGGUCCAAUGGGUGGCGAUAGUCGAUCAAGGUCAGGACAUCGGCCACCCGCACCUGAACCACGAAGCGACACCUACAAUAUAGAUACCACGAACAUUCUAUUCAUUUUCAGCGGAGCGUUUGUCGGUUUAGAUGGAAUUGUGAAGCGAAGAAGUACCAAAGGAUCCAUUGGGUUCACUGCGAGCCUCGCUUCUUCAGAAGACGAUUCAUUAAAUUCCGUCCCCUUCUUUACUCCUAAUCACAAAGCUUCGAAUAAUAUUCUCGAUAUGGUGGAACCAACGGACCUAGUUAAAUACGGAUUUAUACCAGAAUUCAUGGGGAGGUUACCAACAAUCACAUCAUUAGCUCCAUUAACACCUUCAGAUUUCCUCCGAAUAUUAACGGACGUGCGCGGUUCCCUCGUUUCUCAGUACACUGCCCUUUUCGGUUAUUCUGGCGUGGAACUACGAUUCACAACACUCGCCCUCCUGGAAAUAUGUCGACAAGCCGCAGAGCGAGGAGGAGGCGCAAGGGGUUUAAGAGGCAUAAUGGAGAGCCUUCUUAUGGAUGCGAUGUAUGAAGUACCGGGUUCGAAUAUCAAACACGUCUUGAUCAACGAAACCGUCGCCAAAAGGGAGCGGGGUGCAUUGUACUGGGUCCGUGGGGGAGGUGCUGCAUUUUGGUCGGCAUGGGCCGAUGAAGAAGGCCCUUUGGAUAAACAAAGCUCAUAGAGUCUCUCUUCCUUUCCUUCGGACCAUCUUCAUGGUGUAUAAUUAUUAUUCUCGGCGCAUUGUACUGGUAUCCUUACAAUUCAUGAGCCCACAUAUAUUGGAACUAGACCGUGAUCCUUUGACCGAUUGAUGUGUACAAGCGUUUUGACAUGCGUACGUAUCCUCCACUAACGAGAACAGUGAGAUACAAUAGGAAUCUAAUAGUGAUAUGCCAUUACAUCUCUCGCUUUGGACAAGUAAGCGAUACAAUGGACAACUGGCCAACGGUCUAGGCAUCGGUCUUCUCUUCGGGUUUAGGCUCUGCUGCCGGCUCGUCUUCCUUCUCUUCCUCUUUCUUUUCCUCUUCCGCAGCCUCUUCCUUAGCCUCUGAAUCCUUCUUCUCUUCUGUUGGAGUCUUCUCUCCAGAGUUAUCAUUAGCCUUUGUUUCUUCGACAGGUUUCUCAGGCUGUGCCUCAGUAGCGGCAGGUUCGGCAGGUGCUGCAGGUGCUUCUGCAGUUGCAAGAGACACGUUGUUACGCUGUGCAUCUUCAAAGGCUUCUUUGAAGCUGUUAGCAUUUUCAGCAUUGGCAAAUCGGAUAGCUAAGGUUUCUGACGAGGGAGCGCCAUCUGCGUAAUCUGCAGGAACCUUCCAAACCCAUGAUCUAUCCGAGCCAAUAUUAGGUGUGAGACGCAUGUCAGCGGAGAUCAGGUGGUUCGCGCAGACUUUGAGGGUCUUGUCCCGUCGCAUGACAAGUCUGACUUUGCUGGUCUCCUUGUGCUUUAGCAGACGGACGUCACCAGUUCCACGCUCUUUCCAUGCACCGACAGCUUCAGAGUUGUCAAAUCGGAACAAUUUUGCACGUAGUUUGAAAAGCACAUCUUCGUCCUCUUCCAUUGUUUUUGUCUCAACCUGCUCGGUUAGAUGGAUGACGGGUUUGAAAUCGACAUUGGGCUCCUCCUCGACCUUGGCGGCAUCUACAGCGGGAUCCAGAACGGAUGUCAUAACUAUUCAAACGCGAGCACGGGAAGUAAAGAAAAGGUAUGUGUGCGAGGUUGUUGGAGUUGAAA